GCUUCAUUUCAGAGAUCUAACAGUCAUGACAAAGUUCGAAAAAUUGUGGCAGAGGAAGGACGUACUGCCAGAAAUCUGAUUGCAUGGAGUGUCCCCCUGGAAAACAAAGAAGGUGAAGGGAAAUCCAAGUGGCCAUGUGGAAAACCUAAGAGAGGAAGCCAUGGAACCCACAAACCUUCCAAACAGAACAAUUCCUUGCAUUGCAAACUGAAUGCUGGCUCCACAGCAGACAAAAUCCAGGACAAAAGCCCAACCAAAACAAGGCUACCUCGGAAAGUUGACCUACGAGCAAGAUACUGGGCAUUCCUAUUUGACAAUCUCAGGAGAGCUGUGGAUGAAAUUUAUGUGACAUGCGAAUCAGACCAAAGUGUUGUUGAAUGCAAGGAAGUACUAAUGAUGUUGGAUAACUAUGUGAGAGAUUUCAAGGCUCUCAUUGACUGGAUUCAACUUCAAGAAAAGCUGGAGAAGACUGAUGCGCAGAGCAGGCCUACCUCUUUGGCUUGGGAAGUGAAGAAAAUGUCUCCUGGACGACACGUUUUGCCUAGCCCAUCUUCUGAUAGAGUGAGCUCGACUUCUAGUGCAAGGAGGGCACUCAAUUUUGGGGGACCUCCUCUCAGUAUUACACCCGGGCGUCUGACUCCAUCGGGUGUCAGUUGGGCUGAUAAAGUGAAAGCCAGUCAUGGAAAUUCUACAAAUAAUCAACCUACGGAGAUUGUGCCUCCAUGUUCAGCAGUGCCUAUACAGAAAGCCCUUCAUGAAAAUGAUCGGAUUGAUGGGGAAGGCUGGGAGACAGUACAGCGAGGAAGGCCUAUCCGCUCCAGAUCUUCAACUAUGACAAACAAGCCUGCUUCUCCUCCAGAUGCAGGACUUCCACAGAAGGAUGACAGUGACAAAGAGAACAUCUGUCUUAAGUCUCCAGAGAAUACCAAGAAAGAGACAUCAAAGUCAGAACAUCUUCCUGUACUUGUGGAACCACCACCUAAGGAGUUACUAUGCCCGUGUGAAAUACCUCUGACAGAAAUCACACAGUUCACUGUUCACAAAGCCUUAGAAGAAAUAAAGACAACAGGAUCCUUUAUUGCCCAGUCGGCCCCAAAACUGCCCUGUCUGGACAUUCCAGUUGAAUUUCUGGAUCCUCUUUCAAGGAUGAGAAACUCUGAUAUCAUCUGCUCUGUUGACCCAUCAGAUGGAGGGAAAAGUGGUACCGAUAUGGAUCUUUCAAACGUGAGUGCUGGAAAAUUGGUAAGA